GGGAGCCAAGGAGUCGGUGAACGACUCGAAGGACGAAGACGGAUCGGACGUCGCCUCGACUCUGAGCGGCCUGCUCGCCGGUCUUCCGACCUUGGCGGGCCCCCAACGCCUCGCCAAUUCCCUCAGGCAGAAGUUCGCCAGUAACUCUGGUUACCCCCGGCCCGGCCUGAUGCGCGCCGCCCCUAUCGCGACGAUCUCCUCGUCACGCUCGCUUCCCGAGGUCGCACGACUGGUGACCGCGGUUAGUCUCACCCGUUAAGACACAGACACAGAAAAAAGACCGGAAGAGAACUCUGGUCGCUCCGUGAGCGGCCACUUAGAGAACGUCAUGACGACGAUACCAAUACUCAACAUGAAGUUCGGCGAGCUCAAGGAGAUUGUCUGGACAAAGCUGCAGGAGCCCAAGGCUCAGCGCAAACUGGUUCUCGUCAUCGUUUCCAUAGCGCUACUGCUGGACAACAUGUUGUACAUGGUGAUAGUGCCUAUCAUACCGGAUUAUCUCAAGUACGUGGGUGCGUUUGGACCGGAGGAAGAGACCAACAGCACCGACGCUCCUUCGGGCCAUCACGGCCAGGACUCCGCCACCGGAGUAUUGUUCGCUUCAAAGGCAAUCGUGCAGUUGAUGGUUAACCCAUUUUCCGGCGCGUUGAUCGACCGGAUCGGCUACGAUAUACCUAUGAUGAUUGGUCUCUGCAUCAUGUUCCUGUCAACCAGCGUGUUUGCGUGCGGCAAAAGCUACAGCGUGCUGUUCUUCGCGAGAAGUCUGCAAGGUGUUGGUUCCGCAUUCGCCGAUACCGCUGGUCUCGCCAUGAUCGCUGAUCGUUUCACGGAGGAAGCAGAACGUUCGAAAGCACUCGGUAUCGCCCUAGCAUUUAUCAGUUUCGGCUGCUUGGUCGCACCGCCAUUCGGCGGCGCCUUAUAUCAAUUCGCCGGCAAGGAAGUGCCGUUCCUGAUAUUGGCGUUUGUCAGUCUAGCGGAUGGCUUCAUGCUAUUACUGGUGAUGAAGCCUAUCAGACAACAAUUACGCGAACGCCGCGAAGAAAUACCCAAGUCGACGAUACCGAUCUGGCGGUUGUUAAUGGAUCCAUACAUUGCAGUGUGCGCGGGUGCUCUGAUGAUGUCCAAUGUCGCGCUGGCCUUCCUCGAGCCGACCAUCUCGUUAUGGAUGGAAGAUACAAUGACUCACGAUAACUGGAAGAUUGGUAUGAUAUGGCUACCGGCAUUCUUCCCGCACGUACUCGGCGUGGUUAUCACUGUGAGGAUGGCAAAGCGAUAUCCGCAGUAUCAAUGGCUGAUGGCAGCCGGCGGGCUCGCACUCGAAGGUCUCUGUUGUUUCAUCAUACCGUUCUCCAAUUCGUACAAGGUGCUGAUGAUACCGUUGUGCGGCAUCUGCUUCGGCAUCGCUCUUAUUGACACCGCAUUGCUACCCACUCUGGGUUACCUGGUGGACGUCAGAUAUGUAUCGGUCUACGGUAGCAUCUACGCGAUUGCUGACAUCUCGUAUAGCGUAGCAUACGCGGUUGGUCCAAUCAUAGCUGGCGGCGUAGUCGAGGCAAUUGGUUUCACCGCGCUCAACAUCGGCAUUGCCUUCUCGAAUCUUCUCUACGCGCCAGUGCUUUAUUAUCUACGACACAUCUACGAUUUCAAGCCGUUCCAAGACGAGGCGAACGUGUUGAUGCAGGAUCCACCCGACAAGGAAUAUCAGACGUACGUUCUGCAGGAGCAACGGCCGGUUAGUGGCGAGAUCGGUAACCACUUAAAUCAGACACGCAUGGAGACAAACGUCGACCAGGGCUACGAUCAAAACUACCAGACGCCCACGCAGAUCGGCUACGGCGGCUACGGUGCACAGAAUGCGAACAUUGGCUACGCUCAAUCCGCGCAUGAACAACCACCGGUCUACAAUCAACCGCCAGUUUACAAUCAACAACCGACAAGCUACGGUCAACCUGUCGAUUACGGCCAGCAGAGAAAUUACGCGGUCGACCAGGAGCGGGCAGGAGGCCAGGUCGACGUGAAUCCCUUCAGGAGACAACCGGAUGUAGAUCAACGACCGGCCGGAGACAGCAAUCCCUUUAGACAAGGAAUGUAUUAAGAGGGAUGGCCGUCGCCGCUAGUGUCGUCCACGUGUCCAACGAUCGAAAGUGUGCAUUCGAGAGUCUUCGAGACAGGCUUCCACAACUUAAUGGCAGAGAAUUGAUGUAAGGUAGCUCGGCGAGAUCCUCCUCAGGAGCGACGGCGAUCGAAACUCUCGAUCAGUCUGCGGGGGAUCGCCGCUCCGAUCGCUUUAUCGGGGAUGAUACAGGGGCAACGACUUCCAGAGUGAUUUCCUCAAACGGUCACGGAAAGUCAUCCUUGCGAAUGAUGAAUCCUAGGAUCCGUCGCGUGUGGUAUCGGCAGUACGAAGGAGAAAAAGAGAGAAGACGAGAAACGUUGCUGAAGAUGCAAGAUAUAUCGUUGAAAGACUGAAAAACGACGAUUGAUAUUAGAAAAUGCUUGCCGGAAGCGAAAAUAAGGACCUUGAGGAAGACGAGUAAUCGCAACAUCGAAAUAAAAUUAGAGUGAGAAGAAAGAGAAAUGUAUCGAUGCUAUGGAGAGAAGAUGAGGAAAAAUAACAUUCUACAUCUAGGAUGCGAGCCAUUGUAUAAAGUGUAAGAGAAAAAGAGAGAGGAAGAGAGGAUUCACGGCCGCGACGAAGGCUUCCCGUCAGCAAGGACCUUCGCUCGCGGAUUGCCGCCGGGCAAGUUUUGAAUUUUUAUCGCUUUCGUUGAAAAUUGUUCUACAUUGCUGAACGGAAAUAUCAUAUCAUUAAUUAAGGCGUCAGAGAAAUCUAGGAAGUAAGGCUUUAAGUUAGAUAGCCGAUUAUAUAGAGGUUGUGACGAGGAUGAUCGAAGCUCGUUCCGCGAACCGCUCUUUAUUGACAAAGUACUUGUCUCUCUGCUUUAAUUCUUUCAAAUAAUUUUCUUAUUAUGCAAAAAAAAAUUUAGUGUUUGCGAUUAUCUGAGGCUUUUACAUUUUAAAACUGUUACUUGUUGUGCGUUUUAUUGUUGUUAAUAAGAUUCUUUUUUACGAUUGGAAUAAUUAUUACAAAUUAUUAUUGAUAAAGAUAGCACAUGAUGAAGACUAUUAAAAAUUAAAAAUAAUUUUCAAUGUUUGAUAUUGUUUCACCCUCUAUUUAUUUGUUAUCUAUUUUUCGUCUUUAAAAAAGGAAAUUGUUUCUUUUAAAUGUUAAUAAAAUUGAAUAUAAGUACUUUUCUCGUUUAGAUAAUUAAGAUAAUUUGAGAAGAGAUAAUUUCUUAAAUUAAUAUCUUAAAUUCAAUCGUUUGAUUAAUUUUUUUUACACUAAAGUACUUUGCCGCAAUAACGGAGCCAUAGCAGUACCAAAGCGCGAGCGAAUCGAAGUAUAAACAUAUCUGUAUUUUUAUGAGAUUACUUUUCUAAUUAUAGAUAUUUCAUUCGAACCGAAUUUGGUUCAUGCGAGAAAUCGCGCGAUAUCUAGAUGUAGGCAUGCAUUUCUAUAUGUAUAUAAAUAUCAAACUUUAUCAUGUGUCAGAGUGACUCGGAUGUAAGAUUUUGCAGCAACUAUCGCGAAAUAUUAUCAUCCUAUAAGAAAAACGUACUUCAAUUAUUUCAAGCAUAAAAUAUUUGUAAUAUUGUUUUGUGUAGAAGAAGAAAAUUUCAUUUCAGCUUAUCUAUGUUAUCUUCUUUUCUAAUAUUUCAUAAUUCACAUAACGUGGAAAUUUUUAUUGAAACAUUUAUGAAGAUGAUGAAAUAUCGCAAAUUUAUGUUUCUCGCAAUUUUCGAUACCUCUGUCAAGUCUUACGACCGAGUGCACGGCAUACAUCCGUACCUACUCGUCAAUACUAAGAAGCAUCGCUGAAAAGUGAAUAAAUAAAUAAGUAAUUAAUUAACUAACAUUAAUGCAUUAGUUAUAUUAAUACGAUGUUCGCCGGCGAGAGGGGCGCGUAAAAAAAAGGAAGAGGGGGGAGGGGGAGGAUUUCUCGAUCUUCAGGGAAUCCGCUUCGCUCGUUUCGAUCUCGGACCUCAGGACCACACGCCCGUCGUCGCGCGGAUCCUCGAGGAUCGAUUUCCGCGGGUACUUUGAGUUAACAGUGCCUGAACUUUGCAGUUUUUACCCCCGUCGUGUGUCGCGAGAAAUUAGUAGUACGAAUACGCGCGAAUAAUCAUUAAAAGUUCUCCCCGUAAAAGAUCCAAGCAAGUGUGUAACCCGACCUAACGUAACGUAGACACACUCUCUAUUAGACACUCGCUAUACAUAUGUACCUAAACGUAGACUAUACGCGUUUUUGUUUUUUUUUUUGUUUUUUUGUUUUAUAGCUGAGAAAGAAAGUAAAGAGCGUUUUAUCUCCGCAAUGACAUUUUGUUUUAAUGAGCUGGCCUCUAAAGUUAAGAGUUUUAUCGUAACGUGGCAACAUAUGGCUUGCCGAUAAUUAUCAUAGUGAUUCUGCUGAUAAAAAUUGAGCGAAAAUUAAUGGAUCCCUCGGAAUGAUUAAGAAAUGUAAACUUUGCGAUUGAUUUACUAAACAUUUGUUAAUUAAAUUAAGUAAAUAUAAUUAAUAUAUAUAUUUUUAAUCAACAAGUAUUAUUUAAUUACUUUUCUAUAUUUUUACAGAAAACGUUUUUCUGUUAUUUUAAAAUAUAUGAUCGUAUAUUACACAAAGUUGAAUCUUUUUUUUUUUUUGAUUCAAGGUAAGUAAAACUUCGUGUCAAAGAAUUUGCGAUAAUUAUCGACAAGACGUUGCAUCGAUUGCACUACGAUUAUACAUACACAUAUUACACGUAUAUCGUAUAAGAAUUAUUCGUAGCUUCUUUUAUCUCUUGUAAAUAUAUAUUAUGCGCAAAAGGGAGAAAGAAAGAAAGCUUUUUCCUUCACGCGGAUACGACGCAUAUUGGAUGUUCCGGAACUAUUGUGUUAUCAUUUCUUUCAAUUACAUAUUCUUCGAGCGAUAUUUUUGCAAUAUAAUAAAAGCUCAACUUAAAAUCCAAGUUAAAACAAGAUUCACUUAAAAUUCGAUGAAGAAAAGAUUUUUAUUUUAUCUUUAUACACCUGUAAAUAUUAUUUUAUGAAAUAUGAUGCAUUUUCAAUUACUUGUGUAAUCGAGUACUGUUCAAGUCUGGGACAAUGAAAUAAUAAUUUUUUCUCUUGUUCAGUUCUUAAUAUUUGUGGUCUUUGAUAGUUCUGUGACAUCCAAUGUAUCUUGCCUACUUGUAUCAUAUCGUUCAUGAAUGUUGUGAAAGGGAUGGUGUAUGUGAGAAUAAAAUUCUUCUUCUACGUCGAAGGACUAAAGGUCAAUGAUGGGCACAACUAUUAUUGUCCUGACAUUCGUCUGCGUAGAUGUGUGCGGAUCUCAAAAGCAAAAUAAAGAAAACUUUUCUUAAAACGGGAUAAGUUUCUUUUUGAAUAAAACAGAAGAGAUGCGCGUGCAUUUUUCGCGAAAAAAAGUGAUAACGUAAAAUUUUCUGAAGACAUAGCAAAUGUAUUAAGAACUAGUUUCGCGAUACAAUUUAACAAGAAAAUUCUCUUGAUCUAAGAAUUAUCUCUCUCUUUCGAAAAGAAGAAUAUCGAUGAUUUUAUUUUGCUUUUGAAAUUCUUAUUUAUUGAAUACGAGAAAUUCGCUGUUCUCAGAUAUUUUGUUAAGUUUCGACGAUUAUAAGAUGGUACUAUUUGUUGUAAUUACUAAGAGUGAGAAAGAGAAAAUGGCGAGAAUUUUCUCUAUUGUGUACAGAGAAAUUUCUAAAUCAUGCACCGAUAAUCUAUAGAUAAUUACCGGCUAAUUUGCGGAUGAAUCUUUUCUCUCUACUUGAUAAAAUACCAAAUUUAAUUUAAAAUUUCAACUUUUCAAAAUAUAUUAGAUCUGCAUAAAAAUUAUCAUUGAAAAGUUUUUUUUUUUAUGACAAAUGAAGCAACAUAAACACAGUGCAUUCUCUAUAUUGAAAUCUCGCUCAGUAUGCUCAGUUGGGAACGGUGUAUAAAAUGCAAAUAUGAACGCUAGUUUCUCAACAAUAUUUUUCUCACCUCAAAACCGAGUCUAAUUCGCAAGUGUUGCGAGAAAGGGGACGGCGACGGAGUGCCGGAGAUCGACGAUCUCCAGUUUAUCAUAUUACGACAGAGUGCGCAAUACGCAAACACAUAUCAUAAAAGAGAAAGAGAAAGAGAGAGAGAGAGAGAAAACGGAGUAAAAACAUGACCACCGGGAUUAUAUAUCUAAUUAUCCGUGCAUAAUGCAUCUUAUCCGUGCGCGACAAAGAAGUCGGUCGUGCAUCUCGAAAUUAUCCGUAAGCAUAUAGCAUACUUAAUUGCAAUACGUCCGCACUUUGCGCGUACAUAUACACAAACACACAGCCAUAAACGAUACAUGUACACACACUCGCGAUUCUAUACGUAUAUCAUAAAAAAUAUACACAGACACAGACACACACACACACACACAUGUAUGUAUGUAUAUUUAAUUGAUGAAAAACCAAGUAAUUUGAAAUGAGUAUGUAAUUGAAAUCCUAUGACAUUGUAAUGUUGUUGAACCGGUUAUUAAAGAUGUCAUUGUUACCGAAGAA